AAGGGGUCCUUAAGUGGGCGAGUGCUGCAGUAGUUGAUCAUCGGGCACAAACCAAAAUACAUUUAACUUGAAACAUCUACAAGAAUUAAGAUGUUUUUGGCCUUCUGUCCUUUCAUCCAAUCCGUGGAGAAGGUGGUUUCACCUUAUCUUCAUCAGGUGGUUGCGCCCGUGCUGGCGCCGGCUGUUCAUGAGGCAGUUUCUGCCGCGGAGAAGGCUCUUGCACCUGUUUUCAAUCAGGUGGUUGCUAAGGUUGCGCCCGUGCUGGCACCGGCUGUUCAUGAGGCAGUUUCUGCCGCUGAGAAGGCUGUUGCACCGGUUUUCAAUCAGGUGGUUGCUACGGUUGUGCCUGUGCUAGCACCAGCUGUUCAUGAGGCAGCUUCUGCUGCGGGGAAGGCGGUUGCACCGGUGGUCGCGGUGGUUGUGCCUGUGCUAGCACCGGCUGUUCCGGUCCUUUCUGCCGCAACACAGGUAGUUGCACCAGUUCUUCCGGUGGUUGCCACCGUUGUGCCUGUGCUAGCACCUGUUGUUUCGGUGCUUUCCAUUGCUGUCCAGGCAGUUUCUGCAGCGGCACAGGUAUCGUUGGUGGCAGGGCACGCAGCUGCUGCGUUUAAUGUCGUCCAUUGACUCGCAAGAAGCAGUAGUUUAGUUAAUUGAUCGAGGAGCACCGAGUACAAGUUGCUUUUCGGUUGCUUCCAGUUUGUUUGGUGUGGUUUGUUUGCCUCGAAAACAUGUUUUUGGGCAAUGUUUUGUAAACCUGCAUGUGUCCCAACGAAUUUAUGAAGAAUCGAAUAUUUAAUGUUGUUUGUCUAGUCUUGUUUAU